AUGCUUGUAAUCAAACGAAAUAAACAACGUGAUCAGUCUCCAACUCAACCACUUUCAUCAUCUCGUAAACUAUUUGCAGAUUAUCCUUAUCCGAUAUUAACUGAACUUGAAAAAGCAUGUGAACAAAAACAACAGAAACACUCUAAGCAUUCUUAUAUUCCAAUAUCUUUACUACGAUAUAAAGAUUAUUUAAAUAAAACGUUUGAUACAUUAAAUGGUUUUCAUAAUCGUAAUCUUCUAGUGUCAACUCUAGAAAAAUCUGUUACACAAUCAAAUAUUAAUAGAUAUUUAUCAAAAGAUCACGCUAACAAUUUACAACAAAAAACCAAACCAAUUGAUAAUAAACAGUUAUUUGCUAGUUCAAUAACUCCAAUAAUAAAUCUUGACAAAGGACAACACAAUCAACAACAUGCAGAAAAACAAAAUAUGACAAACUUCUACCAUGAAAUUAAUCAUGAUAAAUGUUAA